AUGUUUUAUGCUUUGGCAAUUGUCUGCGAUGAUUUCUUUGUCCCUUCAUUGGAAAAGAUUUGCGAACGCUUGCAUCUUAGCGAAGAUGUGGCUGGGGCAACUUUCAUGGCAGCGGGAAGCUCUGCUCCUGAGUUGUUUACAUCUGUCAUAGGUGUUUUUAUCACAAAAGGAGACGUAGGCGUUGGAACCAUCGUAGGCUCAGCUGUAUUUAACAUUCUCUGUAUUAUUGGCGUGUGUGGGCUUUUUGCAGGACAGGUCGUUGCACUGUCGUCAUGGAGUCUCUUGAGAGAUUCAAUCUACUAUACACUGUCUGUUGUUGCACUCAUUGUGUUUAUUUAUGACGAAAAAGUUUCCUGGUGGGAGUCCUUAGUCUUAGUGCUGAUGUAUGUCAUCUACAUCAUUAUCAUGAAGUACAACUCAACCAUACAUCACUGCUUCGAAAGGAGGACAAAAAACUCUGCAAAUAUGGUGAACGGUUUAGCAAAUAACACAGAAAUGGAUGAUAACAGCAACUGCGAUGCCACAGUCGUAUUACUAAAGAAAGGAAAUUUCCACCGUAAAGCCUCAGUGAUCAUGGUGGAUGAGCUGCUGUCUGCCUACCCCCACCAGCUUUCAUUUUCUGAGGCUGGGCUCCGGAUCAUGAUAACCAGCCACUUCCCUCCCAAAACACGUCUCUCCAUGGCCAGCCGCAUGUUAAUCAAUGAGAGACAAAGGCUGAUCAACAGCAGGACUUACACCAAUGGUGAGUCAGAAGUAGCAAUCAAAAUACCUGUUAAGCAUGUGGUUGAGAAUGGAACAGGCCCCAGCAACUCUGCCGAGCGGGGCGUGAAUGGCACACGGCGGGAUGAAGACAUGGCUGAGGCUGGGAACGAGACAGAGAACGAGAAUGAGGAUAAUGAGAACAAUGAAAACGAUGAGGAAGAGGAAGAAGAUGAUGAGGAUGAUGACCACGGAGGGCCAUACACACCUUUUGACCUACCCACUGGCAAGAUAGAAAUCUUGAAGUGGCUCUUCACGUGGCCAUUGAGUUUUGUCCUGUACUUCACAGUGCCCAACUGUAACAAACCCAACUUGGAAAAAUGGUUCAUGGUUACCUUUGCUUCUUCUACCCUCUGGAUUGCAGCUUUCUCCUACAUGAUGGUGUGGAUGGUGACAAUCAUUGGCUACACACUGGGAAUUCCAGAUGUGAUCAUGGGCAUCACUUUCUUGGCAGCUGGAACCAGUGUGCCGGACUGCAUGGCAAGCCUUAUCGUAGCAAGGCAAGGUAUGGGGGAUAUGGCUGUGUCCAACUCCAUCGGAAGCAAUGUUUUUGAUAUUUUAAUUGGCCUAGGCCUCCCGUGGGCUUUGCAGACCCUAGCGGUGAAUUAUGGAUCAUACAUUCGGUUAAACAGCAGAGGACUUAUCUAUUCUGUUGGUCUCCUGCUGGCAUCUGUUUUUGUCACAGUUUUUGGCGUCCACAUGAACAAAUGGAAACUGGAUAAGAAGCUAGGGUGUGUGUGCCUUUCCCUUUAUGGCAUCUUCCUGUGUUUCUCCAUCAUGACAGAAUUCAAUGUUUUCACUUUUGUGAACUUGCCAAUGUGCAGAGAUCACUAAUGCAGGUGGCAGACUGUUGGGAUGAACUUCCUUCUUACCUGUGCAAUACAAACCACGGCUGGCAUCUCCUGAACGCGGUGCACCUCCAAGUCGUGACGUAUAUCCUGUUCACUGUUCAUAGGACCCAUGGCCCCAUCUAGGUCUGCCCUCUCCCUGACCCCCCACAACCUGGAAAAAUCCUGCAUCGAUGUGAAGAUUAUUUUUUUCAACAUUCAUGUGAUUUCCUAGCUCAGUUUUUGAACAGUGUGACUGGGACUCUAGAUGAACUGGCUGCUAACUGGCGUCAAGCCAGGCAAAACUGGUCUGCUACAAUUCCUUCUUUUUUUAAGUUAUUUGAUGGAAGACUAA